AUGAGAACGACGUUUUAUUUGUCUCAGGUCAGAGGAAAAGGAUCUAGAAUAAGAAAUGAUAUUUCCCAAGACAUUGAUGAUGAAGAUGAUCUAUUUUCACAUAGAAAAUCUCCUAAAAUCGAUCCUGAAACAAAACAGCAGAGAUCCGUUAUCUUAAAAUGGUUAAAACAAUUAAGUAUCUCAAAUCCAUCUAUUGCUGAUGGUAUCGAAGACUCUAUUGUCAAUUGGUUUUUGCAGUCAGGAUCAUUACUUCCAAAAGCUUUACAUUUAAAAAUCGAGAAAAAAACUACAGAUUUAGUGUCAAUGAUUAGAACUCUAAAUGAAAAUGAUGUCUUGACCGAUGAUACAUUAAACUUCAUGACAAACUCAGUUGAAACUGCUCCUCCAGAAGAAUUAGUUUGGAGUAUUCUCAAUGAUGCGUAUAAUUAUGCUUUGAAAAAACAAUCAUCUGUUAUACCUCUUACCAAAACUAUUGGAGAAAAUCCUCCAAUUAUUCUACAAAGAAAUGUACUUAAUAGAAUAUUGAAAUCAUUAGGAUUACAAAGAUUACCGAAUGUUUUUGGCGAUCCUAAAGAUAUAAUUGACGAUGAUUUUCGAAAUGGAAACUUCUUUUUUGCAUUAUACGAAAAAUUAACUGGCGAAAAGGUUCAACCGGUUUCAACAGCAGUCUCACAGAAAAAAGCAAUUAACAAUACUCAAAUGGUUCUUGUUCUUCUUGAAUCAAAGAAAUUUAUUGAUUCAUCUUUUAUUAAUUGCGCUCCUCAGAUUGUUUCGGGUGAUCAAUUUGUAUUUCAACAAUUAUUAUCAAUGAUAUUCUAUAACUGUUCAAAGAUAAAAGGUCCAAUCACCAUAAAAUUUGUUUCUCAAACUCAGACUACUUCUUAUACAACAGAAAAUCCAAUUCCAAAAUCUUAUAUAGAAGGAUCAAAUCUACAAGAUGGCGUUACUUUGCCAAAAUUACUCACGUCAAUUGAUCCGAUUUAUUCAAAGCUUCCAUAUUUACUCCUUAGUCCUCAGAAUGAUAUUGAAAAGAAAUGGAAUAUAAGAAAAACUAUCGAAUACCUUCAGAGGAAACCUGCCUGGCCAACUACAGAAAAAAUUGACAUAAAUGAUCUGAUAGAUGGCGAAGAAUUGACAGUUCAAGCUCUAUAUAACGGUAUUCUUGCCUGCUAUCCACAUAAAUUCGCAUCUGAAAAAGCUUGCAAAUCUCUUCGUUUUAUUUUAGGUUUAAAUCCUGAACAAUCAAAUUAUUAG